UAGCUACGUUAAUGAGAUUAACAGUGUGUGCAAUUCACAAACUGAAACCUACCAUUCGUCGUUGAACAAGCUUGUGAAGAAGUACAUCGGAAUUUUAUUCAAGAAUGGACAUCUUAUAUGUAUUGCUUGUAAUUGUUAUGGAUGCUUAUAUUUUGCCUGCUGUAAAAGCUAGUAAUACAGACUAUAAAAUUAGUACCGUAAGCUCUAACGUUGUUGGUGGGUUUACCGGAGGACUCUACUGGGAUGGUGAACAUAAUCGUCUAUACUGGCUAGAAAUUGGUCACGGUGAUGAUCCGACGUCUAUCGUCUGCUACGAUCCAAACACAGAGAAGACCUACAAGGCUACAAUUAUAGGAGAUAAGCUGAGACCUUUGUCCAUGGUAAUUCGAGUGAAAGGGACGCAGGACACGUUCCUUAUAGGAGUGGGAGGUGCUCUAGCUUUGAUACGGUGGGAUUGUACAAGUGAUAGAGAUAUCAAUCCUGUAGAGAUAUUCCGCUUGGAAGAUAUGCGAUUUAUUUAUGGAAAAGCGGAUGCUGAAGGAAGUCUUUGGGCUGGUACAUUGAAAUCAGGACCCAAACCAAGCUGGUACAACCCUAGAAGGUAUAGCUAUGCAUCAAUCUAUAAAAUUGACGAAGGGAAACAAUCAAAACGAAUUACUUCUGGAGAGGAUAUGAUGGACGGCUUUGAGUGGAGUUUGAAUAACAAAAAGUUCUAUUUUAUGGAUUCUUGGAGUCGUAAGAUGUAUGCGUAUCAGUACGAUAGCGGAAGAAAAAAGCUAAGUUCCGAAAAUGUGAUGGUUCGCACUUACACCGAAGACGGACCCUCACAUAAAAUAUCUAAAUACAUUUCUGGUUAUGGAAUCACGAUCGACAAUAACGGACAUUUGUGGAUCCCUGGAAACGGCCUGGGAAAGAUUUUUCAAAUCGAUAGUAAGUUUCCAGGAUCAUGGAGUAGAUUAUUAACAAUAAAGACAGAGAUUGCAUUAGCGGAUAUGUGGCCGACGUCUGUGUGUUUUGGUGGCAAAGACCUCGACAUUCUUUUCGUAACAACCACUCAUUUUGAUUGGACAAAGGAUCGCCAAGAGAUGUACCCAAAAUCUGGAAAUACGUUUAUGAUUACUGGGCUCGGGGUGACAGGAGCGAGACCCAGCAGUCCCGUAAAAAUAUCAAAUGAUCUGCUAAAGAAAUGCUGCUAGGAGGAAAGGAGUUUAAUUGACCAUUAUAUUCCAAAAACUGAAUAAAAAAACAUACGCAGACACUAA